AUGACAAAGACCGAAACUCCAGCCAGCGCCAUCCUCCAUAGGGAUACACGAUUUGUGCCCAAAAAGGCCAUUGGCGGCAAAGGUAGCUACAUCUUCCUGGAAGACGGGACCAAGUUCCUCGAUUCCACAGGUGGUGCUGCCGUCUCCUGCCUGGGACACAGCCAUGAGCAAGUCAACCAAGCGAUCAAGGACCAAGUCGACCAGAUAUCCUAUUGCCAUUCGGCCUUCUUUGGUACCCAGGCUGCCGAAGAUCUCGCCCAAUUUUUGGUGGAUUCUACAGGCGGCAAGAUGUCCAAACUAUAUGUAGUCAGCUCAGGCUCAGAGGCUGUUGAGGCCGCGCUCAAGCUAGCUCGUCAGUAUUUCCUUGAGCUGCCUACUCCGCAACCCCAACGGACCCGGUUCAUUGCCCGCCUGCCUUCCUAUCAUGGUAUCACCCUCGGCGCCUUGGCUGCCGGUGGACAUGUCCUUCGACGACAGCCCUUUGAGCCUCUCCUGGCUAAGAAUACCUCCCAUGUCUCGCCUUGCUAUGCAUACCGCGGCAAGUGGGACGACGAGUCUGACGCAGACUAUGUCGCCCGUCUGGCGGCCGAGCUCGACGCGGAGUUUCAGCGCGUUGGGCCUGAAAAUGUGUGUGCAUUCAUUGCUGAACCAGUAGUUGGCGCGGCGCUCGGCUGUGUGCCUGCUGUCUCAGGCUAUUUCCCAGCCAUGAAAGCCGUCUGUGAGAAAUACGAUGCGCUUUUCAUCCUCGACGAGGUCAUGAGCGGCAUGGGUCGUUGCGGUACCCUGCAUGCCUGGGAACAGGAAGGGAUCGUGCCAGAUAUCCAGACGAUUGGCAAAGCUCUGGGUGGCGGGUACGCCCCAGUGUCCGGUGUGUUGAUUGGAGACUCGAUUGUUCAGACGAUGGACAAAGGCACUGGCGUGUUUCGCCACGGCCAAACCUACCAAGGCCACCCAGUAUCCUGUGCAGCGGCCCUGGCCGUGCAAAAGACAAUCCAGGAAGAGUCGCUGCUGGCGAAUGUACGGGCGAUGGGCGCGUACCUUGAAAAGCAAUUACGCCAACGAUUGGGGGCUCAUCCUUACGUAGGAGAUAUCCGAGGGAAGGGAUUGUUUUGGGGUAUCGAGUUGGUCAAGGACAAGGCAACGAAAGAACCAUUUGACCCGAAGACCCAUCUGUCGUUCUUAGUUCAGGAGAAGGGACUGCAUCCGGAACACGCUAUUUCGCUUUAUGGCUGCGUGGGCACGGUGGAUGGCGUUCGUGGCGAUCAUAUCGUGCUAGCUCCGCCGUAUAAUGUGUCUGCGGGGGAGAUUGAUCUAAUUGUCGAUAGGACCGCCAGGGUUCUUGCGGAUGUUUUUGCCGGGCUGAAGAAUUAA